GACCGCUCUGUCACUCCUUCGCUUCUUAUUCCGAUCGACUCCCGUCUGACCACUAGCACUUGCUUCUGUCGAUCUACUUGCUCAGGUCUCUGCCCGUUGUUCAGCCUUGUUCGAAUCCUACUGUCGUAUCUCUACGUCAGUGUCUAAUAUCAACCGGUCGCACCACUAUCUACCAAGGAGCAAUCCCACAUUCACAUUCACACCAUGGACGAAGCAAAGCUCUACAUCAUCCUCGGUGCCGUCGUCGGCACCCUCGUCCUCACAGGAGUCUCGGUUGCAGUACUGUUCUGCUGGAAGCGCAACAAGAGAAGGGUACGAGGCUUCUCCCUCCGUGCUGUCACACCUUUGGACGACUCCGUCUUCGAAUCAUGGCGGCGACCCAGUGAGCAUGUACAGCGCAACGAGAAGUACGGCAUCCGGCCUGUACACCCCGCGGUCUUACGACACGAGACUUCGCCCACCAUGUUCGAGAAGGAACUAGACCUGUUCGAUUACCCCCGGUCACCAUCCCCAGGGAAUAUCUCCCCUCCCCUUCGCUCGCCAAGGGACUCGAUACGCAGACCAGAGCAAGCACGGAGAAAGUCAAGCGUUGCUUCCUCUGUUGCUGAUCGGCCACCGACACCUUACUCGCCAACAUCGACCAACGGCGACUUUGUUGUCGGUUCCUAUGGCUCUCGCAAAUCGCAGCCACUGAUCCGUCACCAGCCUUCCAUGUCAGAAGCGUCCGCCUUCAGAUUCGAGUUCGAAUCCAACCACGAGGCUCAUCAGAAAAAACCCGAGCACUGGGUUUGAGCACUCGCCACAUUCUCAAGGACUACCAUGUGUAAUCCCUGACCAAUACCGACUGGAUGGUCGCCUCACUGCAGGGCAACUCGAUGACUCGACGUUGUACCAAGACUGUCACACCUCCACCAUCGGUCCGCGCUGCACCGCCGUGCGACCAUACAUCAUUCGACGUGCCCCUUCGUCAUCACUUGACGCACCGGCCUGCCAUUCUUACUCUUUCACGACAGCAUAUGACUUUAUCAUCCGGCGUUUGGGCACUUUUUGCAUACGUGAUACCAGACAUUUGUCACCCUUCAGGCUUUGGCCUGCUUUUCUUAUGUUCCGCUCUGAAGCGAAGCACAUUGUUACAGGUGGACUCGAGGUCACACCGUGGGAUUGGAAAUGUUGCAACGCAACAAGCAAGGGAAGCAUAUAUUAGUUAGCAGAUACACUGCGAGCAGAUGCUCACGAGCAGACAACAGAAUGAAAACGACUGCACAAUCAUCAGCAC